AUGACUGCAGCCGCUGGGGCAGCGCUCAUCGGCGGCACAAUCUAUGCCACCAGGGGUAGGAAGGAAAAGUCUGGACCUGAAGUUGCUCGGAACCGAGCCCGAGCAAAAAGGGAGCUCGGGCUUGGCGGAGCAGGCAUCGGGGGCAAUGUCCUGUCCGGGGGCCCAGAGGCCGGAGCCGCACCGCCUAGGCCUGACAGAGAUCCAGAGCGUCGCGCCAAGACUACGGCGGAUUCCAGAGAUGACCUUCCUUCCGGGGGGGUUGGGGGUGGAGAAGGCGCAGGGGGCGCAAGCGCUCGAAGAUCUCAGUUGCCUUAUGGUGCGCCAGACUCUUCCCAUGGUGAUGAGAAGAAGUCCGGUUCUGCCACCAAGUCAGCAGAACCAUCUGAAUUUGUCAAUUCGUAUCCAAGCGUACGCGCGGGCAAGUCAACCGCCGACAGAAGCGAGGAAAAAGGAUUACAUGAUACACGGGGCAUUAGCCAUACGGGCCCAGAAACGCCGUCCAAGAGAGCCACUGGCUAG